AUGUCACCUACGGCGCGCCGUCGUCGCCGCGCACCCAGCACACAGCCCCAGUCAAUCAGCAUCACAAAUGUGCCUCGCCCCGCCCCUCCACGCCGCUCUCGGGAAGAAGACUACAAGUUCCAGAGGGCUUCUCUAGCGCCCCGCCACGAGUUUUCUCCACCCGCCAAUAGGCGGAAGCGCCGCCCCGCAGCUGCGGAUCAGGCCCUCAUUGCCGAGGCCUCCAGCACCGGUGCCUCCCACCCGGGACCUGCCCAGCUGGUGUCUCACAUUGUCGGAGUCCUAGUCCUGACCUGGCCCUCGGACCUGGAGCCUGCAGGGGGCCGGCUCCUGGCAGUCCCCGAAUGCUGUUCCAGACUUGAAACCCCUGACCGGUCAGCCCGGCAUCCGGAAGCUCCCUUCCCCAUGACUGGCCGUGCCUUGGCCUGGCACGUGGACACAGGGAACUCUUACCUUUGUGGGUACCUGAAGAUUAAAGGCCUUACUGAGGAAUAUCCAACCCUUACAACUUUCUUCGAAGGAGAAAUAAUCAGCAGAAAACACCCUUUUUUAACACGCAAGUGGGAUGCAGACGAAGAUGUUGAUCGGAAACACUGGGGCAAGUUUCUGGCUUUUUAUCAGUAUGCAAAAUCAUUUAAUUCAGAUGACUUUGAUUAUGAAGAGCUGAAGAGUGGGGAUUAUGUCUUCAUGAGGUGGAAGGAGCAGUUCCUGGUUCCAGAUCACACAAUCAAAGACAUCAGCGGUGCUUCCUUUGCCGGCUUCUAUUACAUCUGCUUUCAGAAGUCAGCAGCUUCCAUAGAGGGCUACUACUACCAUCGGAGUUCAGAAUGGUAUCAGUCCCUCAACCUAACCCAUGUUCCUGAACACAGUGCACCCAUCUAUGAAUUCCGGUGACAUCGGCUCAGAACAUCAACCAAAUAAAACUGAACUUGGCAGCAAAGAGCUUGGCCAAGAAAAUUGUGUACCUGCCAGAACCAGGAGAGUCGUGUUCCUGUUUCUUCACAAGCAGACUCGCAUCAGAAAGCAUGAAUGUUAACCCACAGAAUCCAAGGAGAAUGGCCAACCAGUGGGGCAGGUGGAGGACUGUCUUCCUUCCUCCUCCAACUCUGUGGCAGUCUGGUCGUCAUUUGUUUCCAGGCUACCUUAAAUGCACUUUUCCUUCCUGCACAGCUCACUUCUACAUUGCUGAAAUGCCUGUUCCUUCCUCGGCCCUGCCUCCCGCUGAGCAGAAGAAGGUCAGCUCCUGGGUCACCCUCAGCCUUGGUGCUCAGUGGUCCCCACCCAGACCCUUACCCCUCCCCAGUUGUUUAUCCGGUAGCCCAAGACAAGGCAGAGCCCCAGCACCUUUGUGCCCCCAGAGCUCUGUGAGAGAAACUGGCCAGCUGCGGCCACAUCUGCCACCAGUGAAACAAGGCAGGACUCUGUGGGACCUCAUCCGUCUUUGUUCAUUGGGCGCUGCUGUGCCCUAUAGUAUUUAACUACACAGGGCUAGGGUGUGGCUCUCAGGUUCCUGGGCCUGCAGCGGGAUCACUAAAUUUAAGGCUUCCAGAUCCCUGGCAGGAAUAGAUCCCAAACCUGCAUACUCAAUACUUUUGCUCCAAACUUUUGAACUUGAGGGCAAUACUAAACUUAAAAAUAAGAGAUAGGUUUGUCUGUUUGUUUGUUUGUUUGUUUUUUUACAAAAUUAUUUUUAUGGUCCCUUUAACGAGGACCCUAUGGCAAAUGCACAAUUAUUCAGAAUUACAUUUUAUCGUUUUCACAUUGAAAACAGCAAAUGUUGACUUAGUAAUUUUUAUAUGUAUAUGUAUAUGUCUAUUUAAUCAACCAGCAGUUUUGAAAUAAGUCCUCCUGGUACAGAACUUUUGCAGCAUCACAUAAAUUAUAGUGCUAAACACAAGAACUGUUUUUGGGGCCAGUUUAGAAUUUGUACCUGCUCCUUUUGCUACUCAAAACAAUGCUUUGUGGUGACCUUUCCACAGGGCAGAAGGGGUCUUCAUUUUCCAGAAACAGUGACUGAAAUGCCAGGAUGGGAUGAGGGAUGGGAAAUAUGAACUUGAGGCUCACGUGCCAAAGUGUGUGUGUGUGUGUGUGUGUGUGUGUGUGUGUGUGUGUGUGUGUGUGUGUUUCGGUUUUCUUUGCUUUUGUUUUUUAAAUGUUUAAAAGCUUAAUAGGUUGGCACCAGUUGUAGCCCACAAAUAUAGGCAGGGCUUUGGGGAAUUGGCAUUUUUCUCGUGGUUUACAAGACAUAGUCUGAACAUAAAAGCUUUAAAAACAAGAUAGCUUGGGGCUGAGGGUAUAAGCUCAAUGGUAGAGCACUUGCCUAGCAUGCGAGGGACCUUGGGUUCCACCCUCAGUACCUCCAAAAAAAAAAAAAAAAAAAAAGAUAACAUUGUAACUACAGGAACAGAACAGUCUGCAUGUUACACUUCCAUGGGCCAUGUAAGAAAAUGCAAAGCCCUUUGAUGAAAUGAGUGGUGGGAAAUUAUUUUUAUUCUUAAGUGAUUUUCCUUUUCAUGACAUGUACUAUAUGUUACUGAGUCUGUAUGUUGAGGAACCCGUAACACAUUCAACAAUGGGGCCGUAACUCAGGUCUCACUGCUGAGGGGGCUUGAACCACCAGUGGUACAUGCGUGACAGUUCCAUGCAUGACUUCCACUUCUGCCACCUGUGGCAUAAGCUGCCCAGUGGAGCAGCCAUGCAUGUACCACUGGUGGUUCAAGCUAUUGGGGACAUGUUAAAAGAGCAGAAUUCAGGGAAAUAGCCAGAGGGUACUUGUGAGAUCUAAAUUUUCUGGUCCAGAGACUAUGAAGAGGUACAGCCUACCCAUUCAGUGAGGGCAGGGCUUGGAGCCCCUAAAAAAAUCACUCUGCUAACUUUGGUGGGAAAAGAAUGCACAUCCAUUCCCAGAGAUGCAUUGAGAAUGUUUUCUGAUUCUUAAUAUUCAAGCUGGGCACAAUAACACGCCCAUAGUCCUAGCACUGAGGAGCUCAGGCAAC